CUUGAAAAUGGCGGCGUUGGAGAUGUAAAUAAUCUGAAGAAAAUACAUGUAACUGGGGACAUUGGACUAAGUGGUGACACACUGACAAUGCAAGGUUAAGUGUGACAAUUCGGGUUACAUACAAAGAUGCCAUCAGAAAAGACAAGAUCGAAGGAGGACACAUGGAGACCAGAAGAAUUAGAGAAGUCCUUAAAAGAGAUCCGGGGUGAACGGGGCGACAAGAGGGAUGGCAGAGAACACAAAAAAGACAAGGCUAAUGCAGAUGAUAAAGGGAAAGAUCGUAAGGAAAGGCAUAGUAAAGACAAGGAAGAUGACAGGAAGUCCCGGCAUAAAAAUGACAGUAGCCGAUCACGUCACUCCAGGGAUGAAGACAAAUAUGAUGCCAAGAAAGAGGACCGCUAUAAUAGAGAUGAGGAAAGAGAAGAGAGGCAUCGGCGUAAGAGGGAAGAAAGGAAAUCAAGAGAAGUAGAGGACCAAAUAAACAGCAAGGAUAAUAAACAUAAUGGUAGGAAUGAUGAGCGUGACCACCGAAACAGAGAUCGGGAUAAGAGACAUCGUGGGGAUGAUGACAGAAAACAUGACAGGGAUGGGGAGAGAAAGUCCCACCAUGAACGAGAAAGGGAAGACAGCGAGCGGCGAAGAAAAGAUGCAUCUGAGGACAGAGGAAAGUCGACCAAAGAUGAAGAACGACGGAAAUCUAAAAAAAAUGAUGACAGGUAUGAUGAUGAGAGAAGACACAAAAAGGAUGAUGAAAGAAGGCGUCAUAAAGAUGACGAUGAGAGAAGACACAAGGAAGAUGGUAGGAGAGAGCACAAAGAUGAAGAAGACCGAAAAAGACAUAAAGGUGAUGACAAAAGAAGACACAGAGAUGAUGAUGAUAGAAAAAGACAUAAAGAUGAUGAUGACAGAAGAAGACAUAAAGGUGAUGAUGACAGAAGAAAACACAAGGAUGAUGAUGACAGAAGAAGACACAGAGAUGAUGAUGACAGAAGGAGACACAGAGAUGAUAAGGACAGAAGAAGACACAGAGAUGAUGAUGACAGAAUAAGACACAGAGAUGAUGAUGGCAGCAGAAGGCAUAAAGGUGAUGAUGACAGAAGAAGACACAGAGAUGAAGGUGAGAGAAGAAGACACAAAGAUGAUGAUGACAGAAGAAGAUACAGAGAUGAUGACAAAAGACAUAAAGAUGACGACAAUAGAAGGCAUCACAAAAAUGAUGAUAGAAGAUGGCACAGAGAUGAAGAUGAUAAAAGACUCCACAGAGAUGAUGAUUCCAGGGAAGAUGAGGUUUCCUCAAGGGAUGGGGAGAAAGAUAUCCGGGAGCCUGCAAACUUAGCUCCUGCAGCUGAAGAUGUGGGUGAUGAUUACGAGGAUGACUUUGAGGACUAUGAUGAGGAUUUUGAGGAUGAUGAUGAGGACAGUGACAGUAACAGUGGCAAGCCUCAGAAUGAAGUUGAUGAAGUGUUGAAGGCGCUGGAUGCGGAGAAUGACAGGCUCAUGGCCGAAUCACGUAGAAGUUAUGCAUCUGACUCGACAGAACCUUCGGAUGACAGGUCCCAUCACAAGAUUCCUCAGCAGAGAACAUUCAUUAACUUUGUGUCUGCCAAACAACGAACACUCAGUGACAAGACCAGCAACAAGACACGUGUCAGAGGGCGUGACCUUUUACAAAUGAUUGACCUGGAUGUGGCUUCAUAUGAUAUGUUUGACCUGCCCCCUGUGAAGGAAUAUGACCUGUACAUCCGUAACUUUGGCCGCUCUGACACAAGACAGGUGUAUGUCCAGACAAAUGAGGAUAACAUUGAGCGUGAAAUCCAGACAGAGGAGCUAGAAUCCAUGGACAAAUGGUCGCAGCACCCAUCAGAUGACGCUGUUGUGUGUGGGCGAGGAGACGGCCAUCUUGAUGAGGAAGAGGAAACCAUCAGUAUACAUAAAGUUGUGUCAGCAGACCUGGGUAAACUUAGCCGCUUUAUCAACAAAGCUGGACAGGUCAUCUCAAUUCUGCUGGAGGAGGAGAAGUGUGGGGAGGAGGGUGAGGCCACUAACCAGUCUAACAUCCAGGCCAGUGAAGGCUACUCACUCCUAGGCACACCUGCCUUCCUACAAGGUCGUUACGUACAAAAAAUGUACUUUUCUCCCAGCCAAUCAAAUCUUCUGUUGACUUUAUACAGUCCUAGCCAACAGUUGACGGAGAACCCUUUGCUGGAUCAGAUGGGCGUUCUGUGUGUGUGGAACACCACUGAGCCGUCGGUACCUCAGAAGAUUCUGGUCUGUGAUUCCAUGGUGGGCUCCUGCUGUUUUAGUCCAUCUCACUCAGCUCUGGUGUUUGCUGGUAUGGUGGAUGGAUCUCUGGCGUUGUGGGAUCUAAGAGAAGCAGCCUCAUUACAUCAGUGUGUGAGGUCUGGGGACGCAGACAUCUGCCUCAGACACCCCACCUACAACACAGCGGGUGUCCUAGGUGAUGACAAUCAUCAGAGCUCUGUUGUCACAGUAACCCCCACAAUACCUGCUGUAUGUAGUUCUAAAAGCCUUACAUCCAUAUCAGACGAUUCUGGCUCUGGAGCGUCCUUUCAGAUUGUCUCAGUGGAUGAAUCAGCCACAGUUAAUUUAUGGGUUGUGGCAGAGAUUCCAACCCCUGACCCAGCUGGUUCCCCCUCUGAUCUGGGCCUCUUACCAGGAGGCAGGGUGAAACUUCUGAAGAGCUCCUCUUUUGUACUAGACAAUCCGGCCAGGGAUCUACGCCUGCGGAGUGCCCUGAAGGUCACCUGUCUUCGGCUGAACCCGGCAGACCCUAACCAGUUUGUGGUUGGCACAGAUGCUGGUUUCCUUGUUCAUGGGGUCAGAUUUGGAUCUAAGCCAAUCCCUCGCUCCUACCUAGGCUUGUCAGAUGCUCCAGUGAAUAUCACUUGUGUGGACUUUUCUCCAUUUGGCAAACCUUGUUUUCUUGCUGGUUGUGCUGAUGGUACGGUCAGACUCUAUCAUACCAACUCAAAAAAGGCCCUGAUCACCUGGCCACCACAGGAUGACGGCGUUGGUGUGGUCAGUGUCCAGUGGUCUCGCAGCAGGCCUGCAGUGUUCUACAUCCUCUAUAAUAACUCCACACUGACCGUGUAUGACCUGGUGGAGACUGACUCUGUCCCAGCAUCUGUUGACCAGAUACAGCCAGGAAGAGCUGUAGGUCUGUCCUUGUCUCCAGACACCUAUUCCAGGGGGAGCGGUGAGCCAGGUAGACACCCGCAACUGGUGAUUACCCUUGAAUCCGGGAAAACAGAGAUUCAUUCUAUCACUAAGGUGUUCGUGGAACAGCAGCCUUUUGAAGAGGACUUUCUGACCAGUUACCUGGACAGGUUCUAAGUUUUGACAACAGAGUCUGUUCACACCUGGGCAGUGCUUGAGAUGUAACUCACUUCAGCCUUAACUCAACUUAAGAUGGUUGUAUGUAGACCCAGUGUAGUCCCAGAUGGCCGUGACAACUGGCCACAUUGUUAUUUUGCAUACAUAAGUGCUUAUAACCCGACACACUGGUUAGGUUGAGUUGGGUUUUAAGCUUUUUUGUAUGCCUAGCUUAAGUAUAAGUUUUUUCGACAACACUUUCUGGAAACAUUCUAUGUUACAAGGACAAAGUAUGUGUUGAUAUCUGGACAGAUUUUGAGUUACCAGGAAACAUACUGAGUUACAAGGACAAAGUAUGGGUUAAUAUCUGGACAGAUUCUGAGUUAGAUGGAAACAUAUUGAGUUACAAGGACAAAGUAUGGGUUCAUAGCUGGACAGAUUCCGAGUUUAGCUGGAAACAUACUGAGUUACAAGGAUAGAGUAUGGGUUAAUAUCUGGACAGAUUCUUACUUACUAUGUAACAUAAAAUACUUUACUUCAUUUGCUCAGUAUCUGGAUUAAACAUGCUGACUUUAUAGCCAGGUCUGUUAGGAUAAUACCUGUGGAUAAAGUAGAUACGUAGAUGAAUGAAGGUGAUACAUGUAGCUGCAUACCUUGUGAACAUGUGGAGUAAUCCAGGACUAGGUGAUGUAGACAGUGUGUGUUGAUCUUGUCUUUCACCGUGUCACAGUCUCUAUUAUAGGUUAUUCAUGUAGUCCAGGGAUUAUUUUAUUGUGCAUUGAUUCAUGUUCUGUUCAGAAAUGGUGAAGGUGUCUUCAUGGCUGUUUAUUGUUUUUCCCAAAGUAGUCUUUUUAUGAAUAUCAUUCUGUGUUCAAUCACUUCUUCUUAUCACUAUAAUUCCUUGAAAGGUGUGUGUUUAUGGUGUCUUUAAGAGCACAGCACUUCUGUUCAUCAAAGGUAAGUGUAUACAAAAACUUGACCUUCUGUGGAAUUGGUGGAUUAUAUUUUUUGGUAGGUCACUAGUGGCAUGAACUUCUAUGUAAACCUCAGUUACAUGUUGUGCUAUAUUUUGUAUACAUGAAUAUUUAUCUAUCCUAUUUUAUUAGUUGGAAUUGGCUAUUGGCUUGUUCAUGUUUCUGUACCUUCAGAUGUUCACGUUGCACCCUUUUCUUCUGGCCAAUGAUUUGUACCUGUUGAUCUAUAGACCAGUCCAGUUAUUGCUCAUUUUUCAGGAGCACUUUACUGAUGAUAUCCGUCCAUACUCAUUGUGCUGAACAUGCAGAAUCUCCCAUAAUAAUGAGGACUCAGAUCUGGGGUUCUGGUGAUGUUAGCACAAAUUACCAAGCCUUUGUGAUAUGCGGGGGAAACAUGUACAAAAUAACAAAGUGUACUGUAUAUUUAUGUACAAAAUAUUUGUUCAAGUGAAAAUACAAAAAUAUGUUGUUAGUUUAUAGUGUAAACAGGUAUUCCCUCCACUUUGAAAUUUAAGUUAUUAAAGUCAGUAAUUCUUGUAUGCAU